AUUCUUCUUUAAUGGAUCUUCAUAUUUCUGAUAGUGUUGAAUGUUCUGCUUUAUAUUUUAGCAAAAACGAUGAAAAAAAUUCUCAUAAGAAUGUAUCAUCUAAUUAUGGAAUUGAAAGCAGAUAG